CAAUGAUGAAAUUAUUGGCGAGAGAGACAAAAAAAAAAAAAAAGAAGAAGAAGAAAUGAACAUGAAACCCUAAGCAAAAUUUGAACGCCAUUCAAUCUCUCCUUCUUCAAAACCCAAUCCAAUCCAAUCUUUCCUACAAGAAAUGGAUUUUGAUAAACUCUGCUUCGUGUCAUUCUCCCAAGAACGUCUGUUACGUCGCACUCAUUUCGUUGGAGAACCUGAAUCGGAAAGCGACAAAAACGAUUCGGAAGAUUCGCGAGAAGAAGAAACUCCCCAGGAAUGUACCGGGAUCAUGAUGAUGUCACCUCCUGAAAGUUCUGAUGAAGACGAUCAGAAUGACAAUGUUUCCUCUCACGAUAUCGAUGUUUUUCAGACCCCGCCUGAAGGUUCGCUCAUAGCUAGCUCCAAUGGUAAUCGAAAUGAUCGGUCGGUUGUCGUUAAAGAAAGAAUUGCCAGUGGUUGUACUGACGGAGAAAAUGCGGUAAAUCUGGGGGCUGAUACGGAUCUAGGGUUUUCAGAGCUGGAGUCCCAGAAAUUCAAAGGGGUAAAUGAGGUAAUUCAUAGUGAGUCAAAUGUCGUUAGUUCUUUGAAGAGAAAAGCGGUUGCUGAUAAAUGUUUAAGUGGGUCUCUGAUGAAACAACCGAAACUUUUGGAUGAAAAUUUGAUUUCCAAAUCACCUAAUCAAGUUUUAGAUUCUGAUGCAGAGGAAAAUGAAGAAAGCAUAAUGAAAUCUCCGGUGAAUUCAAAUUCUGAUAGAGUUAUUCACCGCACUGGUGGGUCUAAGUCCCCUCAAAUUAUUCAAAUUGGCGAAGGAAGUUCUGCUAAAAGGAAGCUGUAUUUUACAACUGAGGUUUUGGAGUUAGAAACUGAAGUAAUCGAUAGGGAUUUAAUGUCCGGGAAAGGUUUGGAAAAUAAUACAAGAAACGGUGAGGGAAAUUCAAAUUUAGGUAGAAAGAACAUGGAUGAUAUUAACAAGUUUAGGUAUGUUGGUCCAAGUACUAGUAAUUCCUGUCAAACGGAGAGAAGAAGCCAGGGGGUGCGGGCUCUGCCUGUUUCAAUAUGUGGGCAGCCAGAAGUAGAUGCUGGGAAGGAAUCAGAUUUGGGAAAGAAUCAUGGUGAGAUCACUCUUUUGGAUGUGUUGAGGAUGCUGGCAGCAAAAUGUGAUUAUUAUAUUAGUCUUGAGAAUAGAAGUAUCUUAGAUGUUGCAAAGAGUCGUGGCAUGACUUUCCCAUAGAUAAUUGUUAAAAAGCAAGCUUUGAAGCUGUACUUUUGAAAUUUGCACUUGGAGAUACUUCUUGUGGUUUCCCAACUUUGUAUGUUAAUGCCUUGUACUGGGAUUUGGGAAGUUUCGUUUGAGUUGUAGAGUUAGUAGUUUUGGGGGCAUGAAGACAAUUAUGUACAGGAAAUUGUCUAAACCUUGAUAUGUAAUUACAGUUGUUCCUAAUGGUUAAUUCGGUGUCUAUAAAGCGGUUGUGUAAAGUCAAGCCCAGUUCAUGGCUCAAAAUCAGACCUUUAAUUGAAAAGGAAUUUGUACUAAAGAAGUUUUCAAAGAAGAAACAGCGAAAAGGUACUUUUCUCA